UUUUAAAUUCAGUUCUCUACUGACGUUCGCCAUAGAAACUAUCUCUCGUAAAGACAUAUCGAUCGGAUACACAGUACAAACAAAACAAAAAAGACAAAUAAAAAAGCAACUACCCACAAUAACAACACCAACAAGAAAGUGCAAAUUAAGCAGAUAAGAUAACCAUGGCAAAACCUAUUCUAUAUAUGGCCACUCUGAGUCCGCCAUCAAGAGCUGUUAUGCUAACGGCUAAGGCCUUAGAUUUGGACUUGGAGUACAAGCACAUCAAUUUACUAAAAGGUGAACACCUUACGCCGGAGUUCAUAAAAAUGAAUCCCCAGCACACCAUUCCUACCUUGGUCGAUGGCGAGGCCGUCCUAUAUGAUUCACAUGCAAUAUGCGCUUAUUUGGUGGAGAAAUAUGGCAAAGAAGAUACAUUGUAUCCCAAAGAUUUGUUGCAACGUGCGCAGGUUGAUGCCCGACUCCACUUUGACUCGGGGCAUUUAUUUGCACGCUUGCGUUUCCUCUAUGAACCAAUUUUGUAUUUUGGAUCCACAGAUUGUUCCAUAGACAAAAUUGCCUAUAUUCAAAAAUGUUGGGAAAUCAUGGAAAGCUUUCUUAAGGAUCAUCCUUAUCUGUGUGGCGACAAUAUGACAAUUGCGGAUAUGUGUUGUGUGGCCACCAUCACAUCGGUAAAUGAUGUGGCACCCAUUGAUGAAUUUAAAUUUCCCAAAUUUUUGGCUUGGCUCAAACGUAUGGCCGAAUUGCCCUACUACAAGGAUACCAACGAAGAAGGUGCCGAAGAGUUGAAGAGAAUUUUCAAGGAAAAAUUAGCAGAAAACCGUGGAGCCAAAUAAAAGCAAAUGAAAUAUAGGAGGAUUGCACAAACGUCAACACACGCAUACAUAUCGAGAUCUUAGUUCAUUUUUUGAUGGGAAGAAAAAAGGAAGCCUAUAUGACAAUGUUGCUAACAUAUUUUGCUGUCGAAUUUAUAAGCCCUCAUAUCAAAUAUUUUUAUGAUCAUGUUAUUUGCCGAAUGUCCAAAAUUUUUUUCAUUGACUAGAGAUUGAUGUGUACGUACAAAUUAGCACCCAUAUCCUAUUUGCAAUUCUAAAAAAAAAAUUGUUAAUACCUAAUUUAACAAACUUACAUGCAUAUUUUAUAAAUAUUUUAAAUAGUCUUUAAUUGUAUGAAAUAAAAAGAAUAAUAAUGAAAAAAAAA